UGCACAUUAAUCUUGCCAGAACUAUAGAAGCUUCCUACAAUCUUGUUUUGUUGUUUCUUUUUAUAGUCCGUAAAGGGGUGCUCUGAGAUCACAUACUAAGAUGGUGAAGGCCGUUGCCGUCCUUAGCAGCAGUGAAGGUGUUAGUGGAACUAUUUUGUUCUCCCAAGAUGGAGAGGGUUCAACAAUUGUGACCGGGGAAAUUUCUGGUCUUAAGCCUGGACUCCAUGGCUUCCAUGUUCAUGCCCUUGGGGACACUACUAACGGUUGCAUGUCAACUGGGCCCCAUUUUAAUCCUGCUGGAAAAGAGCAUGGUGCUCCACAGGAUGAGAACCGCCAUGCUGGUGAUCUAGGAAAUAUCACUGUCGGUGAUGAUGGUACUGCAAAUUUUUCUAUCAUCGACAGCCAGAUCCCUCUCAAAGGCGCGAACUCCAUUAUCGGAAGAGCUGUUGUAGUCCAUGCAGAUCCUGAUGAUCUCGGCAAGGGAGGCCAUGAGCUUAGCAAAAGCACAGGAAAUGCUGGUGGCAGAGUAGCUUGUGGUAUUAUUGGUCUGCAAGGGUAAAAUCUGAGCCAUGGUGAGCAGAAAAUAAUAGAUGCAGGGGCCUUGAGAGCUGUUUAUGUGAGGUAAAAACUGUGUUAAUAAGAGUCGGUUGUUGGUGUACUUUGUUUUGUGUUUGUCAUUUGAAAAGAGUACUCUUUUGUUGGCGGCCUUUGAAAUUUAGAAGUGUUUUGCGUUGGAACUUUAAUGCAUAAUUUCUAUGUUGCUCUGUAGUUUUCAUUGGUUUUGCUUAA